GCUCCCUCCCCUGCCACUGCUCCACUCCACCCCACCCCCGCUCUGCCUCCGCCUCCCCCUCCUCCCCGCCGCCCCACCACCACCACCUUCACUCCCCUGCUGCCGCCUCCGGGAGCUCUCAUCUGCCUUCUCCCGCCGCAGGAUUCCGGACUCCGGAGGAGGACGGCAGCGGCGGAGAUGAUGCACGGCAAGUCGGACUCGGACAUCACGAGCCUGGCGGCGUCGUCGCCGCCGCGGUCGCCGAAGCGUGGCGCGGGGGCCGGCGGCGGCGCGUACUACGUGCAGAGCCCGUCGCGGGACUCGGCGCACGACGGCGGGGGCGCCGGCGGGUACAAGUCGUCGUCGAUGCAGGCGACGCCGGUGUACAACAGCCCCAACGAGUCCCCCUCGCACCCGUCCUACGGCCGCCACUCCCGGGCCUCCUCCGUCAGCCGCUUCUCCGGCAUCCUCCGCGGCGGCAGCGGGCGCAAGGGCGGGGGCGGGGGCGACCUCAAGGCGGUGAACGCCAAGGGGUGGCCCGAGUGCAGCGUCAUCGAGGAGGAGGGCUCCUACGAGGGCCUCUCCGGCGGCGACAGCGGCCUCUCCGGCCGCUGCAAGCUCGCGCUCGCCUUCGUCAGCUUCCUCCUGCUCUUCACCGUCAUCUGCCUCAUCGUCUGGGGCGCCGCCCGCCCCUACGAGCCCGACGUCCUCGUCAAGAGCAUAGCCAUGGACAACUUCUAUGCCGGAGAGGGCACAGACCACAGCGGGGUUCCAACCAAGAUGGUCACGCUCAACUGCUCCCUCAACAUGGUGGUGUACAACCCUGCGUCAAUGUUCGGAAUUCAUGUCUCCUCGGGCCCUGUCCGCCUGCUCUAUUCGGAGAUCGCCAUCGGGGUUGGACAGGUUCACAAGUACUACCAGCCGAGCAAGAGCCACCGGCUGGUGUCGGCGGUGAUCCACGGCGAGAAGGUGCCCCUCUACGGCGCGGGGGGCGGGCUCUCGCUGUCCGGCAACGACGUGACGGUGCCGCUGACGGUGGACUUCGAGCUCGUCUCCCGGGGCUACGUCAUCGGCAAGCUGGUGCGGGUGACGCACAGGGUGCACGUGUCGUGCCGCAUCACCGUCGACGCCAAGAGGGCGAGGACCAGGAUCCCCAAGAAGGCCUGCGCCGUGUACAAGGCCUGAUUCCGGCGAACCAUUUUCCUGUUCCUGCAGCUAAAAAGCAUGUAUUUACUGUUCUGCUGAAGAACAAUAAACAUGUACUGGUAGUAUAUAUAAGGAACCUGUUUGAGCUUCGGUUUUGUUUAUAUAAGUUACUCUCUUGUGCCGCGGCGGUUUUGUCUAUGAGGGAUGAGGCAGUGGUUGUACCUAUGUGUGGUGUUAGGGUUUGGUUGGGUGCAAGAUAGUAGUAAUGUCAUCCUGUCUGCAACUUCGCAUC